GGACUCCAGGGGCGGGGCUGCUCAGCGGCUGACCAGCCUCCAUCAGCUGCGCUCUCCCUUGUGCCGGCCGUUGGCUCGCUAUGCCUCCGCCGCGGGGUGACGUGACCGCCUUGUUCCUGGGGCCGCCGGGCUCGGGAAAGUCUGCGCUGAUCGCAGCGCUGUGCGACAAAGCUGUGGAGAUGGUAGAAAUCCCCGACGGACGGCCGGACUCCGGGAUCCCCAGCCUGCGAGCUGCGGGCCCAGGCCUCUUCCUGGGCGAGCUGAGCUGCCCACCCGCAGCGCCGGGACCCUGGGCGGCCGAGGCCAACGUGCUAGUACUGGUGCUGCCAGGCCCCGAGGGGAACGGGGAGCCCUUGGCCCCCGCACUGGCGGAGGCAGCGCGGGCCGCCCUGGCCCGAGGGACCCCGCUGCUGGCUGUGCGGAACCUCCGUCCUGGGGAUUCACAGAAUGAAGGCCAGGCCCGGGAUCAGACAGCGGCCCUGCUGGACAGCGCGGGGUUGGGGGCCGCGGCUCUCUUCGUGCUGCCGGCGGACUGCGGCAGCAGAGACGGCUGCGAGGAGCUGGAGCGCCUGCGCGCGGCGCUGCGGAGCCAGGCGGAGGCGCUGCAGAGGUUCCUGCCACCGGCUCAGGAUGGCUUCGAGGUACUGGGCGCAGCAGAGCUGGAGGCUGUGCGUGAGGCCUUCGAGACCGGUGGCCUGGAGGCGGUGCUGUCGUGGGUUCGCGCGGGCCUGGAGCGGCUGGGCAGCGCACGGCUGGACCUGGCCGUGGCCGGCACGGCUGACGUGGGCCUCGUGCUGAACAUGCUACUCGGGUUGGAUGCUGGUGACCCAGGUGCGGUGCCUGCUUCGGCGCCCGCGGGGACCACGCCUUACCCGGCCCCAGAGCGCCCCAAUGUGGUGUUCUGGACCGUGCCUCUGGGCUCCGCGGGCACUGCGGCCGCCCCCCACCCAACCCACUACGACGCCCUCAUCCUUGUCACCCCUGAGGCCCCCACUGAGAAAGACUGGGCUCAGGUCCGGCCCUUGGUGCUACCAGAUGCGCCGCUAGUCUGCGUGCGAACAGAUGGUAAGGGCGAAGAUCCAGAGUCUCUGGAAGAGGAAGAAAAAGUAGAGAAGCCCAGCUGCGAGAGCUUAGAGAACGCAGGCGGAGAGGGGUUGGAGAAUGCAACUAGUGAGGGAAGGGAGAAACAUGGCACUGGAUCGCAGAAAGCAGGCCAUGGGGAAGGUUUAGAGAAAGGAGGCCAUGAGAGUUUGCAGCAGGUUGGCGUCGUCGCGAAGAAAUCGGGCAGCGGGGACUCAGAGCGGGCGGCCUCAUUGAGCCCGGAAGACGAGACGUGGGAGGUGCUCGAGGAAGCGCCGCCGCCCGUGUUCCCCCUGCGGCCGGGCGGACUCCCCGGGCUCUGCGAGUGGCUGCGGCGCGCGCUCCCCCCGGCGCAGGCGGGGGCGCUCGACGAGAUGCUGGCCGAUGCCGAGGCGGUGCUGGCACCCCACGCGCCCGCGCAGUGA